AUGGCUUUUCAAAUCCUCAAACGCAAUCUUUUCCCAGCGACAAAACCCAGGCCCCUCUCCGUCUCCCACUUCUCCUCCUCCUCACCGUCCGAUCAAACUCCAUCUCAGACCAACCCCCUAAUCUCAGACGUCGUCUCCAUCCUAACCAACCUCCGCUCCAAGACUCGCUGGAGCUACCUCCGUUCCCUCUACCCCAACGGCUUCGACUCAAAUGACUUUUCCCAGAUUGCCCUUCACAUUAAAAACAAUCCCCGUCUUGCCCUCCGCUUCUUCCUCUGGACCCAGCACAAGUCCCUCUGCAACCACAACCUCCAAUCCCACUCCACCAUCAUCCACAUCCUCGCUCGGGGCCGCCUGAGGUCCCAAGCUUACGACCUUAUUCGAACCGCCAUUCGGGUCUCUGAGUCUGAGAGUAUUGGUAGCCAUGAAUCUGAGCCUUUGAAAGUGUUUGAGAGUCUCGUUAAGACCUACAGGCAAUGUGACUCGGCACCUUUUGUGUUUGAUUUGCUGAUCAAAGCUUGUUUGGAGUCAAAGAAAAUCGACCCGGCAAUACAGAUAGUGAGAAUGUUGUUAUCUCGCGGGAUUAGCCCGGGACUGAGCACCUGCAAUGCUUUGAUUCGGCUUCUUUCGCAGCGUCGAGGUGCGUAUGCUGGUUAUGAGAUUUAUAGGGAGAUUUUUGGAUUGGAUUGUGAAGUUUUAGAGCAUAAUGUGAAAAGGGUUGCUAGGAUUAGCCCCAAUGUGGAAACUUUCAAUGCAUUGAUGUUGGGUUUUUAUCAGGAUGGUCUGGUGGAGAAGGUGAAGGAGAUUUGGGAUCAAAUGGCGGAUUUGAAUUGCUGUCCUAACGGUUAUAGUUAUAGUAUUUUGAUGGCAGCUUAUUGUGAGCAAGAGAAAAUGAAUGAAGCAGAGGAGGUGUGGGAAGAAAUGAGAGCCAAGGGCCUGGAACCUGAUGUUGUUGCUUACAACACUAUGAUUGGUGGGUUUUGCAGAGUCGGAGAGAUUGAAAUGGCUGAAGAGUUUUCCAAAGAAAUGGGGUUGAGUGGAAUAGAGAGUACCGAUGCCACUUAUGAGCAUCUUAUUACUGGGUACUGUAAAAUGGGAAACCUUGAUGCAGCAAUGCUCUUGUAUAAGGAUAUGCUUAGGAAAGAUUUUAGGCCUGAGGGUUCAACAAUGGAUUCGUUGAUUCGAGAGCUGUGCGAUGAAAGUCGGGUUUUAGAAGCCUUCGAGGUUAUGAGAGGUGCAGUGGUACAUUUUGGUUUUUGUCCAACAGAGAAGAGUUAUGAGUUUCUGAUAAGAGGGUUGUGUGAGGAGGGGAAGUUGGAAGAAGCACUUAAGCUUCAGGCUGAGAUGGUGGGAAAAGGGUUUAAACCCAAUUCUGAGAUCUAUAGUGCAUUUAUCAGUGGCUAUAUGAAACAAGGAAACAAGGAAGUAGCAGAAAGGUUAAGGAAUGAAAUGUUGGAUACUCGGAAUGGGAGUUAG